GUGUGUGACUCGUUCAUCGAUGAGGAAGGAACUGUACUAUUAUAUCCCGGGAGGAAGGGUUGAUGACGUCUGUGGCAUACUUAAUGUGACUUAUUGAAAAAAAGCAAGACUCCCUAUUCAUGGAUAAAAAUCCGAGGAAAUCGGAGCACAGCAGAAAAGUUUUGUAAAAGGACAUGUAGACAAACGAGUGCUGCUGAUUUCACCGAGGUUUUGUUUGCAAAAGUGAUUUUGUGUAUAUUGGUUAUUGUAUAAAAGUGCAGGGGUUGAACCGACGAGCACAUAAGCAAAGGACGGUGGCGCUUCAGGGAAGAGGUGCUGUGAGGAAGAUCUCUAUCUCUCUCACACAACCACAGCCGCACCCGAGUCGCAUCCAACAGCAUUUCUAUCUACCUACUCUGCAAUAGCAUGGCCAGAUCUAGUAAAGCGACUUUAGCGUUGCUCAUCUAUGGAAUCAUGAUGCACUACAGCGCCUACUGCACGCCUAUUGGGAUGGCUUUUCCUAAGAUGAGACUAGACAACGAUGUAUUUGACGAAGACGGAAACUCGUUAAGCGACCUGGCUUUUGGCACUGAUCAAAUUGCUAUACGAAGUCCUCCAUCUCUUACGGAUGACCUAUACACGCUAUACUAUCCUCCAGAGAAAAGAACGGAAAGGCAUGCAGAUGGAUUAUUAGAUAGAGCCUUGAGGGACAUCCUGGUUCAGUUAUCAGCACGAAAAUAUCUGCAUUCUCUGAUGGCAGUUCGCGUAGGCGGAGGAAGCAGCGAGGAAGACGAAUCGGAACCAUUAUCAAAAAGGCAUUCGGAUGGGAUCUUCACCGACAUUUACAGUCGCUACCGAAAACAGAUGGCCGUCAAGAAGUAUUUAGCAGCCGUCCUGGGAAGAAGGUACAGACAGAGAAUUAAAAACAAAGGACGUCGAUUUGCUUAUUUGUAGCGCUGACAAAACUGCCCCCAACUGCCCCUCCAUGUGUACAUUCAGUCCUAAGAUCAAAGUCAUUCUGAUAUAACUGAUUAAUCAGUGGAUCGCGCCUGUGUUCUUUAAACAUGUAUUUAUGUAUGAAGUAAAGCCAUUAAAAUGAAUAUUUUACUAAUAACAUUGUUUUUCUUUUUGUACAAAAGCACUUGAAACCGCACAGUUAUACUUUGUGGACCAACCUUCAGUUUCAUGUAUAUAGCUAUAUAUGUUGAAAACAAAAGAAAACAAAAACCAUCAGGAGGAAAAAAAAAAAAAAAAAAAUGUGCACCUUGAACGUUAUGCGCCUGAUAUCUUUUCAAAUUCAUCAUCAUAUGCAGAAAAUAAAUAGAUUUUAAAAAGACAA